CACUUCCAGACCACACUCACUGCAGCCGAGUCAGACUGCGACCCCCCCCCCCCGUGCCGAGCUGGGACUCCAGCACACUCAGGACGACAUUUCAAAGUCUCAGCCUCUGACAAUAAAGAGUUCCUUUGGUCUUCAUCCUGGAUUUUGGAGAAACCUUCCAGCGAUCAGAGGCAACCCAGAAGGUUCAAGAUGGAAAAUCAAGACAUGAAGCAGAAUGGCCACACAGAAGUCCACAGUCCUGUGGCUGGUAUAUUUCUGGAGAAGACAAAGGAGAAAAUUACCAUAUAUCAAGCCAUGAAAAAGCGUCUGCUUAAACCAGGGACAGCGUUGGCCCUGCUGGAAGCACAAGCUGCCACCGUGGGCAUCAUAGACCCGAUAACCAACAGAAUACUUCCUGUUGCAGAUGCUGUUAAAGAGGGAAUAGUUGGGCCAGAGCUGAAAGAGAAACUCCUCACAGCAGAGAAAGCAAUCAGUGGCUAUGUAGACCCCUAUACCAACCAAAUUAUAUCUGUAUUCCAAGCUAUGCAAAAAGAUUUGGUCCCAAGAGAUAACGGAUUACGGCUGCUGGAGGCACAGAUAGCCACACAAGGCCUGAUUGAUCCCAUUGAGAAAACAAGUCUCUCAGUUGAAUCUGCAAUUCAAAGAGGCUACUAUGAGAAAGGUUUGCUCAAUGACCAGAUGUCAGAGCUCAAAGUUUUCUACAAUCCAAGUUCACAAGAAACUGUCAGUUACCAGAACCUUGUGGAGAAAUGCACGGUGGAGCCCGACACAGGCCUGUUGCUCCUCCCGGUCUGCAUCACAUUCAAAGGUCUACGACGAGGCAUUUCCUCCACUGAGCUCUUUGAAUCAAAGAUCAUUGACCAAGAAACGUUCGAUGACCUGCGACAGGGAAAGACCACAACACAGGAUGUGCUGUUGAUGGAAACGGUGAAAGAAUACCUGGAGGGCAAAGGCAGCAUUGCAGGAAUUGCUUUGCUCUCGUCCAAUCAGAGAAUGAGCAUUUAUCAGGCCAUGAAACAAAGAAUCCUGAUGCCAGGGACAGCACUGGUUCUACUGGAGGCACAAGCUGCAACUGGGUUCAUGAUCGACCCAGUAGAAAAUAAAAAGUUCACCGUGGAUGAAGCCGUCAAGAUCAAACUCUUUGGCCCAGAAUAUCAUGCAAAACUGCGUUCUGCUGAGAGAGCCGUCACUGGAUACAAAGAUCCAUACACAGGUGAGACCAUCUCUCUGUUCCAAGCACUGUCAAAAGACCUCAUUGUUCGGGAGCAUGGGAUUCGUCUACUUGAGGCGCAGAUUGCAACAGGUGGAAUAAUAGACCCCAUCAACAGCCACAGACUUCCCACAGACGUGGCCUUCAAGAGAGGUUAUUUCAACGAAGAGAUGAAUUCCGUACUCGAGGAUUCGGGGGAUGAUACCAGAGGGUUUUUUGACCCAAACACGGAAGAUAAUCUUUCCUACCUUCAGCUGAUGGAACGAUGCGUCAUUGAUCCUGUCACUGGACUGUGCCUCCUCCCGCUCGUUGAGAAGUCAGACAGGCUGAAUUAUCACUUCAUUGAUUACAAAACUAAAAUGACCUUGAAAGAAAUGAAGGUGAAAGUGACAUGUGGGAAGUACAUGGGAAUGACAGUGUCUCUGUGGGAACUGCUGAUGUCCGAGUACUUUGAUGAACAGCAGAGGACCAGCAUCUGUCAGAAGUACAGAGAGGGGAAGCUCAAUAUCCAGACGAUCAUUACAACAGUUCUGGAAGUGAUAGAGAAGUCUGUGAGAACAACUAAAGUCGUCUUUGAAGGCAUCAGAGAGUCAGUCACAGCCAAACAGCUCCUGGAGGCAGAAAUCAUAAGUGAAGAGGUCAUGGAGGAUCUGAAAAAGGGAAGAAAGUCAGUGAAAGACAUGAUGGAAGAUGAAAACCUAAAUAUGUACCUACAGGGGAAAGACAGUAUUGCAGGCAUUCUUCUUCCGAAUUCUCAGGUCAUGACCAUCUACCAAGCCAGAAGGAAAGGAAAGCUGAUGCCAGGAACUGCUCUGAUUCUGCUGGAGGCCCAGGCAGCAACAGGGUUUGUUAUUGACCCAAUUGGAAACAGAAAAUUUUCAGUGGAUGAUGCUGUCAAGGCGAAGAUUGUGGGGCCUGAUAUAUGUCAAAAGCUGCUGUCAGCAGAGAGAGCAGUCACUGGGUACAAAGAUCCGUAUACUGGAAAAAUAAUCUCUUUGUUCCAAGCAAUGCAAAAAGAUCUCAUCGUAAGAGACCAUGGAAUUCGGCUCCUGGAAGCCCAGAUUGCCACCGGUGGGAUCAUAGACCCAGUGAACAGCCAUCGCAUUCCUGUCCACGUGGCCUACAAGAGGGGGUACUUCAAUGAGGAAAUGAAUGAGGUCCUUAGUGAUCCAAGUGAUGACACCAAAGGAUUUUUUGACCCCAAUACCCACGAGAACCUGACCUACUUGCAGCUCAUAGCCAGAUGUGUCACAGAUCCCAGUACAGGUCUGUGUCUCUUGCCACUCAAAGGCAAAAGUAACAAAAUCAGCAUUGACGAUAAUCUUCGAGAAACAUUCAAAACAGCAGUUACUGUUCAGUACGGCAGGUUCAAGGGAAAGCACACGACACUGUGGGAUCUGAUCAAUUCUGAGUAUCUGUCUGAGGACAAACGGCAGGAGUUCUUCAAGCUCUUCAAGUCAAGGAAAAUCACAAUCGAGCAACUUACUGUGACCAUUUUGGAGAUUAUUGAAAAUAAGGAGAUCAAAAAGCAAGCAGGGCUGAACUUUCAAAGUCUCAGAGGAGAGGUGUCUGUGGUGGAUCUUUUGGAGCUUGAAAUUGUGAACGAACAAACAUACAACAGCUUGCUCCAUGGACAGCUGACAAGCACAGAUGUGAUGGAAAUGGACAGCGUGAGAGAGUACCUGCAAGGGAAAAGCUGUGUAGCUGGGGUGAUACUGCAACCCUCCAACAAGAAGUUAAGUAUCCAUGAGGCACAGAGACUCGGUGUCCUCACACCUGGCACUGCCCUUUGCCUCCUUGAAGCGCAAGCAGCCACAGGGUUCAUUGUUGAUCCGCAGAAAAACCAAAAACUUACAGUGGCACAAGCUCUCAAAGGAAAGGUCAUUGGGCCACACGUGUAUGAAAAGCUUUUGUCUGCAGAGAGGGCAGUCACCGGUUACACGGAUCCAUACACUGGUCAAAAGAUCUCACUUUUCCAAGCUUUGCAAAAGGAUUUAAUUAUCAAGCAGCAUGGCAUCCGUUUACUUGAGGCCCAGAUUGCUACAGGUGGAGUCAUUGAUCCCUUGAAGUGUCUACAUCUCCCGCUGGAGGUUGCAUACAGAAAAGGAUAUUUUGAUGCAGAACUUAAUCAAACCCUGACGGAUCCGACUGAUGACACGAAAGGCUUUUUUCACCCGCAGACACAAGAAAACCUGACUUACAUGGAGAUGCUGGGCAGAUGCCUUAAAGAUGAGGAAACAGGACUGUUUCUAUUGACGCUGAGUGACAAACCAAAAGCUACAGGAACAAAGACAAAAAUGUUUACUGACGCGGAGAUAAAGCAAGAAUUUGAAAAGACAGCCGUGAAAAUAUCGGCAGAACGCUACGCAGGGAAAUCAGUUUCUCUAUGGGACCUGAUUCACUCUCGGUACUUCACUGAGGAGCAGCGGCUUGAAUUCAUUGAAAAAUACAGAUCAAAGAAGAUUACCACACAAACCAUAAUCACAGUCGUGGUUUCCACCAUUGAAAAACUGGAGAAGAGUGAAACUCCCAAGAUGGUAAUGGGCCUCAGAAAGCAUGUCUCCGCACAACAGCUUCUGAAUUCAGAAAUCAUUGAUGCAGCUACAUUCAAACAAGUGCAAGAGAGAGAAGUUGCUUUUGAGGCAGUGACCCAAUGUAAAUCUGUGAGCGGAUACCUCAAGGGAACCGGGUGCAUUGCCGGAAUCAAGGUCCUUCCCUCCCAGAAAGUAAUGAGCAUAUAUGAAGCAAAAACAAAGGAUCUCCUGACACCUGGUAUUGCACUUCUUCUGCUUGAAGCGCAGGCUGCCACAGGAUGGAUGAUUGAUCCGAUCAAAAACAAGUUCUAUUCUGUGGAUGAGGCAGCAAGAGAGAGAGUAAUUGGACUGGAUGUACACGAGCACCUUCUGUCAGCUGAGCGAGCUGUCACCGGCUAUAAAGAUCCGUACACAGAUGCAACGAUAUCACUGUUUGAAGCCGUGAACGAACAGCUGAUUCAAAGAAAUGAUGGCAUUCGUCUUCUUGAGGCACAGAUAGCGACUGGAGGAAUCAUUGACCCAAAUCUAAGUCACAGGCUUCCUGUUCACGUUGCUAUUAAAAGGGGAUAUCUUGAUGAAAAGAUCAGCAACAUUCUAUUGAACCCCACUGAUGAUGCAAAGGGAUUCUUUGACCUAAAUACGAAAGAAAACGUCUCUUACCGUCAGCUGAUAAGUCGAUGUGAGGCGGAUCCAGCAAGUGGGCUACUUCUCCUACCCCUGUCUGAAGAGAAAUCCCUGGAAUUCCACACAGAUGAACAAAUUGAGCUCACGUUGAAAAACACAACUAUUACCAUGAAUGCAGGAAAGUACAGCAACAAAGAGGUGACAUUGUGGGAAGUGUUGGUCUCUGAAUACAUAUCGGAACAAAAGAGGAAGCAGCUGAUACAACAAUUCAAGACGGGAGCCCUGAAAAUAGAGGACAUCACUGAGAUACUCACAGUUAUCAUUACAGAGGUAUCGUCCAAAGAAAAGAAGUUCAAAGGACUAAGAAAGCAGGUCUCGGCCAGCGAGUUGUAUGAGUCCAAAAUAAUCUCAAAGGAGCUUUUCACUCAGAUUAUACAAGGGGAGGUAACAGAGGAGAAUGUCAGUAAAAUGGAAUCAAUUCAAAAAUACCUUGGAGCUACAAACUGUAUAGCAGGUGUCAGAGUUGAAUCUACAAAGAAAGUUAUAAGCAUUUACGAAGCAAAAACAAGAGGUUUGCUGCCCCCUGGCACGUCUCUGAUUCUGUUGGAAGCACAAGCAGCAACUGGUUUUGUCAUUGACCCAGUGAACAACAAGAAACUUUCAGUGGACCAAGCUGUAGCUCAAGCAGUGGUUGGCAGUGAGUGGAAAAAAAAACUGCUCUCAGCAGAGAGAGCCGUCACAGGAUACAAAGAUCCCUACACUGGAGACAUCAUCUCUUUGUUCCAGGCCUUGAAGAAAGAUCUCAUCGUGAAAGAUCAUGGAAUUCGUCUCAUUGAAGCACAAAUUGCCACAGGAGGCAUCAUUGACCCCGUCCACAGCCACAGAGUGCCUGUACAGGUGGCAUACCAAAGAGGUUACUUUGAUGAAGAAAUGAACCAGAUUCUGUCUGAUCCUGAUGAUGACACCAAGGGCUUCUUUGACCCCAACACCCAUGAGAACCUCACCUAUCUCCAGCUGAUGGAGAGAUGUGUCACCGAUACAAUAACAGGCCUGAACUUACUGGUCAUUGUGAAAAAAGGAGAGUUUUAUUUCUUUGUUGAUGAGACUACAAAGCUCAUGUUGAAAUCUACAACAACUACCAGAGCAGGAGGGAAAUACCAAGGAAAGACUGUGUCUCUGUGGGAUCUGCUUUUCUCCAAAUACAUCACUGAGGAGAGGAGGAGGGAGCUUGUGCAACAGUACAAGUCUGGAUCAAUCACAGUUGAACGCUUCAUGGAAAUGAUCCUGACCAUCAUCACACAACAGACAACAACAACAACAACCUCAUCUUCAACAACUGUCACAUGCCAACCUCCAGAAACCAAAGUGGACAGCAGCAGCACAUCAAAAACUACCAUGACCACGACCACAAUCACAGAGUCAAGUCAACUUCCACAGUUCCAUGGAAUCAGGAAGGAUGUCACUGCUAGUGAGCUGCUUGAAUCCAAAAUCAUCACUGAGGACCUCUACAAAAGUCUUAAGACUGGAACAGUCACAGUGACAGAAAUUACUGAAAUGGACUCAGUGCGUAAGUACCUCGAGGGAACCAACAGCAUCGCAGGAGUGUACCUGCAGUCCACCAAGGAGACACUGAGUAUCUAUGAAGCUAAACAACGAGCCCUACUGACCCCUGGAACUUCACUGGUUCUCCUGGAGGCCCAAGCUGCCACUGGUUUUGUUAUCGACCCAGUGAACAACAAGAAACUCUCAGUAGACGAAGCUGUAGACCAAAGAGUAGUUGGCAGUGAUUGGGCAAAAAAACUGCUCUCGGCAGAAAGAGCUGUAACAGGAUACAAAGAUCCCUACACUGGAGACAUCAUCUCUUUGUUCCAGGCCUUGAAGAAAGAUCUCAUCGUGAAAGAUCAUGGAAUUCGUCUCCUUGAAGCACAAAUUGCCACAGGAGGCAUCAUUGACCCCGUCCACAGUCACAGAGUGCCUGUACAGGUGGCAUACCAAAGAGGUUACUUUGAUGAAGAAAUGAACCAGAUUCUGUCUGAUCCUGAUGAUGACACCAAGGGCUUCUUUGACCCCAACACCCAUGAGAACCUCACCUAUCUCCAGCUGGUGGAGAGAUGUGUCACUGAUCCUAUCACAGGUCUUAGUUUACUGGUCAUCGUGAAGAAAGGAGAGUUUUAUUUCUUUGUCGAUGAGACUACAAAGCUCAUGUUGAAAUCUACAACAACAACCAGAGCAGGAGGGAAAUACCAAGGAAAGACUGUGUCUCUGUGGGAUCUGCUUUUCUCCAAAUACAUCACUGAGGAGAGGAGGAGGGAGCUUGUGCAACAGUACAAGUCUGGAUCAAUCACAGUUGAACGCUUCAUGGAAAUGAUCCUGACCAUCAUCACACAACAGACAACAACAACAACAACCUCAUCUUCAACAACUGUCACGUGCCAACCUCCAGAAACCAAAGUGGACAGCAGCAGCACAUCAAAAACUACCAUGACCACGACCACAAUCACAGAGUCAAGUCAACUUCCACAGUUCCAUGGAAUCAGGAAGGAUGUCACUGCUAGUGAGCUGCUUGAAUCCAAAAUCAUCACUGAGGACCUCUACAAAAGUCUUAAGACUGGAACAGUCACAGUGACAGAAAUUACUGAAAUGGACUCAGUGCGUAAGUACCUCGAGGGAACCAACAGCAUCGCAGGAGUGUACCUGCAGUCCACCAAGGAGACACUGAGUAUCUAUGAAGCUAAACAACGAGCCCUACUGACCCCUGGAACUUCACUGGUUCUCCUGGAGGCCCAAGCUGCCACUGGUUUUGUUAUCGACCCAGUGAACAACAAGAAACUCUCAGUAGACGAAGCUGUAGAACAAAGAGUAGUUGGCAAUGAGUGGGGAAAAACUGCUCUCGGCAGAAAGAGCCAGCCCAGGAACAAAGAUCCCUACACUGGAGACAUCAUCUCUUUGUUCCAGGCCUUGAAGAAAGAUCUCAUCGUGAAAGAUCAUGGAAUUCGUCUCCUUGAAGCACAAAUUGCCACAGGAGGCAUCAUUGACCCCGUCCACAGUCACAGAGUGCCUGUACAGGUGGCAUACCAAAGAGGUUACUUUGAUGAAGAAAUGAACCAGAUUCUGUCUGAUCCUGAUGAUGACACCAAGGGCUUCUUUGACCCCAACACCCAUGAGAACCUCACCUAUCUCCAGCUGGUGGAGAGAUGUGUCACCGAUCCCAUCACAGGCCUAAGUUUACUGGUCAUCGUGAAGAAAGGAGAGUUUUAUUUCUUUGUUGAUGAGACUACAAAGCUCAUGUUGAAAUCUACAACAACAACCAGAGCAGGAGGGAAAUACCAAGGAAAGACUGUGUCUCUGUGGGAUCUGCUUUUCUCCAAAUACAUCACUGAGGAGAGGAGGAGAGAGCUUGUGCAACAGUACAAGUCUGGAUCAAUCACAGUUGAACGCUUCAUGGAAAUGAUCCUGACCAUCAUCACACAACAGACAACAACAACAACAACCUCAUCUUCAACAACUGUCACGUGCCAACCUCCAGAAACCAAAGUGGACAGCAGCAGCACAUCAAAAACUACCAUGACCACGACCACAAUCACAGAGUCAAGUCAACUUCCACAGUUCCAUGGAAUCAGGAAGGAUGUCACUGCUAGUGAGCUGCUUGAAUCCAAAAUCAUCACUGAGGACCUCUACAAAAGUCUUAAGACUGGAACAGUCACAGUGACAGAAAUUACUGAAAUGGACUCAGUGCGUAAGUACCUCGAGGGAACCAACAGCAUCGCAGGAGUGUACCUGCAGUCCACCAAGGAGACACUGAGUAUCUAUGAAGCUAAACAACGAGCCCUACUGACCCCUGGAACUUCACUGGUUCUCCUGGAGGCCCAAGCUGCCACUGGUUUUGUUAUCGACCCAGUGAACAACAAGAAACUCUCAGUAGACGAAGCUGUAGACCAAAGAGUAGUUGGCAGUGAUUGGGCAAAAAAACUGCUCUCGGCAGAAAGAGCUGUAACAGGAUACAAAGAUCCCUACACUGGAGACAUCAUCUCUUUGUUCCAGGCCUUGAAGAAAGAUCUCAUCGUGAAAGAUCAUGGAAUUCGUCUCCUUGAAGCACAAAUUGCCACAGGAGGCAUCAUUGACCCCGUCCACAGUCACAGAGUGCCUGUACAGGUGGCAUACCAAAGAGGUUACUUUGAUGAAGAAAUGAACCAGAUUCUGUCUGAUCCUGAUGAUGACACCAAGGGCUUCUUUGACCCCAACACCCAUGAGAACCUCACCUAUCUCCAGCUGGUGGAGAGAUGUGUCACUGAUCCUAUCACAGGUCUUAGUUUACUGGUCAUCGUGAAGAAAGGAGAGUUUUAUUUCUUUGUCGAUGAGACUACAAAGCUCAUGUUGAAAUCUACAACAACAACCAGAGCAGGAGGGAAAUACCAAGGAAAGACUGUGUCUCUGUGGGAUCUGCUUUUCUCCAAAUACAUCACUGAGGAGAAGGAGCUUGUGCAACAGUACAAGUCUGGAUCAAUCACAGUUGAACGCUUCAUGGAAAUGAUCCUGACCAUCAUCACACAACAGACAACAACAACCUCAUCUUCAACAACUGUCACGUGCCAACCUCCAGAAACCAAAGUGGACAGCAGCAGCACAUCAAAAACUACCAUGACCACGACCACAAUCACAGAGUCAAGUCAACUUCCACAGUUCCAUGGAAUCAGGAAGGAUGUCACUGCUAGUGAGCUGCUUGAAUCCAAAAUCAUCACUGAGGACCUCUACAAAAGUCUUAAGACUGGAACAGUCACAGUGACAGAAAUUACUGAAAUGGACUCAGUGCGUAAGUACCUCGAGGGAACCAACAGCAUCGCAGGAGUGUACCUGCAGUCCACCAAGGAGACACUGAGUAUCUAUGAAGCUAAACAACGAGCCCUACUGACCCCUUGAACUUCACUGGUUCUCCUGGAGGCCCAAGCUGCCACUGGUUUUGUUAUCGACCCAGUGAACAACAAGAAACUCUCAGUAGACGAAGCUGUAGAACAAAGAGUAGUUGGCAAUGAGUGGGGGAAAAAACUGCUCUCGGCAGAAAGAGCCGUCACAGGAUACAAAGAUCCCUACACUGGAGACAUCAUCUCUUUGUUCCAGGCCUUGAAGAAAGAUCUCAUCGUGAAAGAUCAUGGAAUUCGUCUCCUUGAAGCACAAAUUGCCACAGGAGGCAUCAGACCUGUCCACAGUCACAGAGUGCCUGUACAGGUGGCAUACCAAAGAGGUUACUUUGAUGAAGAAAUGAACCAGAUUCUGUCUGAUCCUGAUGAUGACACCAAGGGCUUCUUUGACCCCAACACCCAUGAGAACCUCACCUAUCUCCAGCUGGUGGAGAGAUGUGUCACCGAUCCCAUCACAGGCCUAAGUUUACUGGUCAUCGUGAAGAAAGGAGAGUUUUAUUUCUUUGUUGAUGAGACUACAAAGCUCAUGUUGAAAUCUACAACAACAACCAGAGCAGGAGGGAAAUACCAAGGAAAGACUGUGUCUCUGUGGGAUCUGCUUUUCUCCAAAUACAUCACUGAGGAGAGGAGGGAGGAGGAGCAACAGUACAAGUCUGGAUCAAUCACAGUUGAACGCUUCAUGGAAAUGAUCCUGACCAUCAUCACACAACAGACAACAACAACAACCUCAUCUUCAACAACUGUCACGUGCCAACCUCCAGAAACCAAAGUGGACAGCAGCAGCACAUCAAAAACUACCAUGACCACGACCACAAUCACAGAGUCAAGUCAACUUCCACAGUUCCAUGGAAUCAGGAAGGAUGUCACUGCUAGUGAGCUGCUUGAAUCCAAAAUCAUCACUGAGGACCUCUACAAAAGUCUUAAGACUGGAACAGUCACAGUGACAGAAAUUACUGAAAUGGACUCAGUGCGUAAGUACCUCGAGGGAACCAACAGCAUCGCAGGAGUGUACCUGCAGUCCACCAAGGAGACACUGAGUAUCUAUGAAGCUAAACAACGAGCCCUACUGACCCCUGGAACUUCACUGGUUCUCCUGGAGGCCCAAGCUGCCACUGGUUUUGUUAUCGACCCAGUGAACAACAAGAAACUCUCAGUAGACGAAGCUGUAGAACAAAGAGUAGUUGGCAAUGAGUGGGGGAAAAAACUGCUCUCGGCAGAAAGAGCCGUCACAGGAUACAAAGAUCCCUACACUGGAGACAUCAUCUCUUUGUUCCAGGCCUUGAAGAAAGAUCUCAUCGUGAAAGAUCAUGGAAUUCGUCUCCUUGAAGCACAAAUUGCCACAGGAGGCAUCAUUGACCCCGUCCACAGUCACAGAGUGCCUGUACAGGUGGCAUACCAAAGAGGUUACUUUGAUGAAGAAAUGAACCAGAUUCUGUCUGAUCCUGAUGAUGACACCAAGGGCUUCUUUGACCCCAACACCCAUGAGAACCUCACCUAUCUCCAGCUGGUGGAGAGAUGUGUCACCGAUCCCAUCACAGGCCUAAGUUUACUGGUCAUCGUGAAGAAAGGAGAGUUUUAUUUCUUUGUUGAUGAGACUACAAAGCUCAUGUUGAAAUCUACAACAACAACCAGAGCAGGAGGGAAAUACCAAGGAAAGACUGUGUCUCUGUGGGAUCUGCUUUUCUCCAAAUACAUCACUGAGGAGAGGAGGAGAGAGCUUGUGCAACAGUACAAGUCUGGAUCAAUCACAGUUGAACGCUUCAUGGAAAUGAUCCUGACCAUCAUCACACAACAGACAACAACAACCUCGUCUUCAACAACUGUCACGUGCCAACCUCCAGAAACCAAAGUGGACAGCAGCAGCACAUCAAAAACUACCAUGACCACGACCACAAUCACAGAGUCAAGUCAACUUCCACAGUUCCAUGGAAUCAGGAAGGAUGUCACUGCUAGUGAGCUGCUUGAAUCCAAAAUCAUCACUGAGGACCUCUACAAAAGUCUUAAGACUGGGACAGUCACAGUGACAGAAAUUACUGAAAUGGACUCAGUGCGUAAGUACCUCGAGGGAACCAACAGCAUCGCAGGAGUGUACCUGCAGUCCACCAAGGAGACACUGAGUAUCUAUGAAGCUAAACAACGAGCCCUACUGACCCCUGGAACUUCACUGGUUCUCCUGGAGGCCUAAGCUGCCACUGGUUUUGUUAUCGACCCAGUGAACAACAAGAAACUCUCAGUAGACGAAGCUGACCAAAGAGUAGUUGGCAGUGAAUGGAAAAAACUGCUCUCGGCAGAAAGAGCUGUAACAGGAUACAAAGAUCCCUACACUGGAGACAUCAUCUCUUUGUUCCAGGCCUUGAAGAAAGAUCUCAUCGUGAAAGAUCAUGGAAUUCGUCUCCUUGAAGCACAAAUUGCCACAGGAGGCAUCAUUGACCCCGUCCACAGUCACAGAGUGCCUGUACAGGUGGCAUACCAAAGAGGUUACUUUGAUGAAGAAAUGAACCAGAUUCUGUCUGAUCCUGAUGAUGACACCAAGGGCUUCUUUGACCCCAACACCCAUGAGAACCUCACCUAUCUCCAGCUGGUGGAGAGAUGUGUCACCGAUCCCAUCACAGGCCUAAGUUUACUGGUCAUCGUGAAGAAAGGAGAGUUUUAUUUCUUUGUUGAUGAGACUACAAAGCUCAUGUUGAAAUCUACAACAACAACCAGAGCAGGAGGGAAAUACCAAGGAAAGACUGUGUCUCUGUGGGAUCUGCUUUUCUCCAAAUACAUCACUGAGGAGAGGAGGAGGGAGCUUGUGCAACAGUACAAGUCUGGAUCAAUCACAGUUGAACGCUUCAUGGAAAUGAUCCUGACCAUCAUCACACAACAGACAACAACAACCCUCAUCUUCAACAACUGUCACUGCCAACCUCCAGAAACCAAAGUGGACAGCAGCAGCACAUCAAAAACUACCAUGACCACGACCACAAUCACAGAGUCAAGUCAACUUCCACAGUUCCAUGGAAUCAGGAAGGAUGUCACUGCUAGUGAGCUGCUUGAAUCCAAAAUCAUCACUGAGGACCUCUACAAAAGUCUUAAGACUGGAACAGUCACAGUGACAGAAAUUACUGAAAUGGACUCAGUGCGUAAGUACCUGGGAACCAACAGCAUCGCAGGAGUGUACCUGCAGUCCACCAAGGAGACACUGAGUAUCUAUGAAGCUAAACAACGAGCCCUACUGACCCCUGGAACUUCACUGGUUCUCCUGGGGGCCCAAGCUGCCACUGGUUUUGUUAACCCAGUGAACAACAAGAAACUCUCAGUAGACGAAGCUGUAGAACAAAGAGUAGUUGGCAAUGAGUGGGAAAAACUGCUCUCGGCAGAGGCUGUCACAGGAUACAAAGAUCCCUACACUGGAGACAUCAUCUCUUUGUUCCAGGCCUUGAAGAAAGAUCUCAUCGUGAAAGAUCAUGGAAUUCGUCUCCUUGAAGCACAAAUUGCCACAGGAGGCAUCAGACCUGUCCACAGUCACAGAGUGCCUGUACAGGUGGCAUACCAAAGAGGUUACUUUGAUGAAGAAAUGAACCAGAUUCUGUCUGAUCCUGAUGAUGACACCAAGGGCUUCUUUGACCCCAACACCCAUGAGAACCUCACCUAUCUCCAGCUGGUGGAGAGAUGUGUCACCGAUCCCAUCACAGGCCUAAGUUUACUGGUCAUCGUGAAGAAAGGAGAGUUUUAUUUCUUUGUUGAUGAGACUACAAAGCUCAUGUUGAAAUCUACAACAACAACCAGAGCAGGAGGGAAAUACCAAGGAAAGACUGUGUCUCUGUGGGAUCUGCUUUUCUCCAAAUACAUCACUGAGGAGAGGAGGAGAGAGCUUGUGCAACAGUACAAGUCUGGAUCAAUCACAGUUGAACGCUUCAUGGAAAUGAUCCUGACCAUCAUCACACAACAGACAACAACAACCUCGUCUUCAACAACUGUCACGUGCCAACCUCCAGAAACCAAAGUGGACAGCAGCAGCACAUCAAAAACUACCAUGACCACGACCACAAUCACAGAGUCAAGUCAACUUCCACAGUUCCAUGGAAUCAGGAAGGAUGUCACUGCUAGUGAGCUGCUUGAAUCCAAAAUCAUCACUGAGGACCUCUACAAAAGUCUUAAGACUGGAACAGUCACAGUGACAGAAAUUACUGAAAUGGACUCAGUGCGUAAGUACCUCGAGGGAACCAACAGCAUCGCAGGAGUGUACCUGCAGUCCACCAAGGAGACACUGAGUAUCUAUGAAGCUAAACAACGAGCCCUACUGACCCCUGGAACUUCACUGGUUCUCCUGGAGGCCCAAGCUGCCACUGGUUUUGUUAUCGACCCAGUGAACAACAAGAAACUCUCAGUAGACGAAGCUGUAGACCAAAGAGUAGUUGGCAAUGAGUGGGCAAAAAAACUGCUCUCGGCAGAAAGAGCUGUAACAGGAUACAAAGAUCCCUACACUGGAGACAUCAUCUCUUUGUUCCAGGCCUUGAAGAAAGAUCUCAUCGUGAAAGAUCAUGGAAUUCGUCUCCUUGAAGCACAAAUUGCCACAGGAGGCAUCAUUGACCCCGUCCACAGUCACAGAGUGCCUGUACAGGUGGCAUACCAAAGAGGUUACUUUGAUGAAGAAAUGAACCAGAUUCUGUCUGAUCCUGAUGAUGACACCAAGGGCUUCUUUGACCCCAACACCCAUGAGAACCUCACCUAUCUCCAGCUGGUGGAGAGAUGUGUCACUGAUCCUAUCACAGGUCUUAGUUUACUGGUCAUCGUGAAGAAAGGAGAGUUUUAUUUCUUUGUUGAUGAGACUACAAAGCUCAUGUUGAAAUCUACAACCACAACCAGAGCAGGAGGGAAAUACCAAGGAAAGACUGUGUCUCUGUGGGAUCUGCUUUUCUCCAAAUACAUCACUGAGGAGAGGAGGAGGGAGCUUGUGCAACAGUACAAGUCUGGAUCAAUCACAGUUGAACGCUUCAUGGAAAUGAUCCUGACCAUCAUCACACAACAGACAACAACAACAACCUCAUCUUCACAACUGUCAUGCCAACCUCCAGAAACCAAAGUGGACAGCAGCAGCACCAAAACUACCAUGACCACGACCACAAUCACAGAGUCAAGUCAACUUCCACAGUUCCAUGGAAUCAGGAAGGAUGUCACUGCUAGUGAGCUGCUUGAAUCCAAAAUCAUCACUGAGGACCUCUACAAAAGUCUUAAGACUGGAACAGUCACAGUGACAGAAAUUACUGAAAUGGACUCAGUGCGUAAGUACCUCGAGGGAACCAACAGCAUCGCAGGAGUGUACCUGCAGUCCACCAAGGAGACACUGAGUAUCUAUGAAGCUAAACAACGAGCCCUACUGACCCUGGAACUUCACUGGUUCUCCUGGGCCCAAGCUGCCACUGGUUUUGUUAUCGACCCAGUGAACAACAAGAAACUCUCAGUAGACGAAGCUGUAGACCAAAGAGUAGUUGGCAAUGAUGGGCAAAAACUGCUCUCGGCAGAAAGAGCCGUAACAGGAUACAAAGAUCCCUACACUGGAGACAUCAUCUCUUUGUUCCAGGCCUUGAAGAAAGAUCUCAUCGUGAAAGAUCAUGGAAUUCGUCUCCUUGAAGCACAAAUUGCCACAGGAGGCAUCAUUGACCCCGUCCACAGUCACAGAGUGCCUGUACAGGUGGCAUACCAAAGAGGUUACUUUGAUGAAGAAAUGAACCAGAUUCUGUCUGAUCCUGAUGAUGACACCAAGGGCUUCUUUGACCCCAACACCCAUGAGAACCUCACCUAUCUCCAGCUGGUGGAGAGAUGUGUCACUGAUCCUAUCACAGGUCUUAGUUUACUGGUCAUCGUGAAGAAAGGAGAGUUUUAUUUCUUUGUUGAUGAGACUACAAAGCUCAUGUUGAAAUCUACAACCACAACCAGAGCAGGAGGGAAAUACCAAGGAAAGACUGUGUCUCUGUGGGAUCUGCUUUUCUCCAAAUACAUCACUGAGGAGAGGAGGAGGGAGCUUGUGCAACAGUACAAGUCUGGAUCAAUCACAGUUGAACGCUUCAUGGAAAUGAUCCUGACCAUCAUCACACAACAGACAACAACAACAACAACCUCAUCUUCAACAACUGUCACAUGCCAACCUCCAGAAACCAAAGUGGACAGCAGCAGCACAUCAAAAACUACCAUGACCACGACCACAAUCACAGAGUCAAGUCAACUUCCACAGUUCCAUGGAAUCAGGAAGGAUGUCACUGCUAGUGAGCUGCUUGAAUCCAAAAUCAUCACUGAGGACCUCUACAAAAGUCUUAAGACUGGAACAGUCACAGUGACAGAAAUUACUGAAAUGGACUCAGUGCGUAAGUACCUCGAGGGAACCAACAGCAUCGCAGGAGUGUACCUGCAGUCCACCAAGGAGACACUGAGUAUCUAUGAAGCUAAACAACGAGCCCUACUGACCCCUGGAACUUCACUGGUUCUCCUGGAGGCCCAAGCUGCCACUGGUUUUGUUAUCGACCCAGUGAACAACAAGAAACUCUCAGUAGACGAAGCUGUAGAACAAAGAGUAGUUGGCAAUGAGUGGGCAAAAAAACUGCUCUCGGCAGAAAGAGCCGUAACAGGAUACAAAGAUCCCUACACUGGAGACAUCAUCUCUUUGUUCCAGGCCUUGAAGAAAGAUCUCAUUGUGAAAGAUCAUGGAAUUCGUCUCCUUGAAGCACAAAUUGCCACAGGAGGCAUCAUUGACCCCGUCCACAGUCACAGAGUGCCUGUACAGGUGGCAUACCAAAGAGGUUACUUUGAUGAAGAAAUGAACCAGAUUCUGUCUGAUCCUGAUGAUGACACCAAGGGCUUCUUUGACCCCAACACCCAUGAGAACCUCACCUAUCUCCAGCUGGUGGAGAGGUGUGUCACUGAUCCCAUCACAGGCCUAAGUUUACUGGUCAUCGUGAAGAAAGGAGAGUUUUAUUUCUUUGUUGAUGAGGCUACAAAGCUCAUUCUGAAAUCUACAACAACAACCAGAGCAGGAGGGAAAUACCAAGGAAAGACUGUGUCUCUGUGGGAUCUGCUUUUCUCCAAAUACAUCACUGAGGAGAGGAGGAGAGAGCUUGUGCAACAAUACAAGUCUGGAUCAAUCACAGUUGAACGCUUCAUGGAAAUGAUCCUGACCAUCAUCACACAACAGACAACAACAACAACCUCAUCUUCAACAACUGUCACAUGCCAACCUCCAGAAACCAAAGUGGACAGCAGCAGCACAUCAAAAACUACCAUGACCACGACCACAAUCACAGAGUCAAGUCAACUUCCACAGUUCCAUGGAAUCCGGAAGGAUGUCACUGCUAGUGAGCUGCUUGAAUCCAAAAUCAUCACUGAGGACCUCUACAAAAGUCUUAAGACUGGAACAGUCACAGUGACAGAAAUUACUGAAAUGGACUCAGUGCGUAAGUACCUCGAGGGAACCAACAGCAUCGCAGGAGUGUACCUGCAGUCCACCAAGGAGACACUGAGUAUCUAUGAAGCUAAACAACGAGCCCUACUGACCCCUGGAACUUCACUGGUUCCUGAGGCCCAAGCUGCCACUGGUUUUGUUAUCGACCCAGUGAACAACAAGAAACUCUCAGUAGACGAAGCUGUAGACCAAAGGUAGUUGGCAAUGAGUGGGCAAAAACUGCUCUCGGCAGAAAGAGCUGUAACAGGAUACAAAGAUCCCUACACUGGAGACAUCAUCUCUUUGUUCCAGGCCUUGAAGAAAGAUCUCAUCGUGAAAGAUCAUGGAAUUCGUCUCCUUGAAGCACAAAUUGCCACAGGAGGCAUCAUUGACCCCGUCCACAGUCACAGAGUGCCUGUACAGGUGGCAUACCAAAGAGGUUACUUUGAUGAAGAAAUGAACCAGAUUCUGUCUGAUCCUGAUGAUGACACCAAGGGCUUCUUUGACCCCAACACCCAUGAGAACCUCACCUAUCUCCAGCUGGUGGAGAGGUGUGUCACUGAUCCCAUCACAGGCCUAAGUUUACUGGUCAUCGUGAAGAAAGGAGAGUUUUAUUUCUUUGUUGAUGAGGCUACAAAGCUCAUUCUGAAAUCUACAACAACAACCAGAGCAGGAGGGAAAUACCAAGGAAAGACUGUGUCUCUGUGGGAUCUGCUUUUCUCCAAAUACAUCACUGAGGAGAGGAGGAGAGAGCUUGUGCAACAGUACAAGUCUGGAUCAAUCACAGUUGAACGCUUCAUGGAAAUGAUCCUGACCAUCAUCACACAACAGACAACAACAACCUCAUCUUCAACAACUGUCACGUGCCAACCUCCAGAAACCAAAGUGGACAGCAGCAGCACAAAAACUACCAUGACCACGACCACAAUCACAGAGUCAAGUCAACUUCCACAGUUCCAUGGAAUCCGGAAGGAUGUCACUGCUAGUGAGCUGCUUGAAUCCAAAAUCAUCACUGAGGACCUCUACAAAAGUCUUAAGACUGGAACAGUCACAGUGACAGAAAUUACUGAAAUGGACUCAGUGCGUAAGUACCUCGAGGGAACCAACAGCAUCGCAGGAGUGUACCUGCAGUCCACCAAGGAGACACUGAGUAUCUAUGAAGCUAAACAACGAAGACUACUGACCCCUGGAACUUCACUGGUUCUCCUGGAGGCCCAAGCUGCCACUGGUUUUGUUAUCGACCCAGUGAACAACAAGAAACUCUCAGUAGACGAAGCUGUAGAACAAAGAGUAGUUGGCAAUGAGUGGGCAAAAAAACUGCUCUCGGCAGAAAGAGCCGUCACAGGAUACAAAGAUCCCUACACUGGAGACAUCAUCUCUUUGUUCCAGGCCUUGAAGAAAGAUCUCAUCGUGAAAGAUCAUGGAAUUCGUCUCCUUGAAGCACAAAUUGCCACAGGAGGCAUCAUUGACCCUGUCCACAGUCACAGAGUGCCUGUACAGGUGGCAUACCAAAGAGGUUACUUUGAUGAAGAAAUGAACCAGAUUCUGUCUGAUGCUGAUGAUGACACCAAGGGCUUCUUUGACCCCAACACCCAUGAGAACCUCACCUAUCUCCAGCUGGUGGAGAGAUGUGUCACCGAUCCCAUCACAGGCCUAAGUUUACUCUCCUUGCGCAAGUGAAGGAAAGAAAACCAACAACUUUUUUUGUUCGCAUUUCUGAGCAAAUCGUACUUAUUUCACUUUGCUGUUACUACUUUUUUGAUAAGAAAUACAUUUCAGUGUAUGUCUUUUAAGGCUUUAGUUAUUGUUGAGUUUAUGACGUCCCUACUGAAAGAAACUGUAUAUGGAUACUGUUGUGCUGAAAACCUUUCUUGGUUGGAAAAUAGAGAAAGAAAUGCACUCUAAACAUUUUUCUAUCAUAUUAUAGGAAUAUGAUGAGUACUAUUGUACCUUUGAGGUUGUAUUCACAAAACCAGGGCUGUGAUACUGACUCCAAAUAGGACUUUAGCCUCUAUUAAACUGACCUGUGUUAAUCUGAUAUCAAUAGACAGUGAAUCUCUCAUAACGUGUAGGAAGUACAUUCCACACAUCGAUUGUUUUAACACUCUUUGUUACAGCUGUGUUCAAAAAAGCUCUUUUAAAGUGUUAAUGAACAUUGAAAAGUUGUGGCCUUGAUCUUUUUGGGUUUUCAAUCUGUUUUAUGGAAUUCUGAUUUCCUUUGAUCACACACAAGUUGCAGUAACUGUGCGAACAAACUGUGACAAGACUAUGACACUUUGCUUUUCCCUGUUGUCUUAUAUUUGUUGGAACUAUGUCCUUGAGAAUUUUUACAAUGAGAAUGUUUUACAGUAAGUGGACAAAAAUAUGUUGUAUUUCCUUGGUAAGUGAAAAUAUGAGAACUUUAAAUUCAGCUUCUCUGCGUCUGCAUUGACUUGCAAUCAUUUUCAAGAUUUUCAUUAUUGUAAAAACUUUGACUGUGUGGCCCAAUAAACGAGAUACGACAACUA